AUGACUGAAACAAGUAAUGAACUGGAGCUUGCUCGAGUAAACUUACAAAUCCUGGAGGCAGAAAAACAGAGAGAGGAAGCUGCCAAAAGGAGGGAGGAGGCUAACCAAAGGAGGGAGGAGGCUAACCACAGGAGGGAGAUGGAAAAACGAGACGCUGACCAACAAGCCAAAGAGGCAGAACACAGGAGGGCGAUGGCAGCCAAAGAGGCUGACCUGGCAACCAAAGAGGCUGAGCGGGGUCUCUACCCGCUGCCCCUGCUGAGCAGUUCACUGGAUGACGGCAAAGCCGCGCUGACCGCUUCCAACACGCCACUCGGCCGCGGCCUGGCCGCCCCCCAGCCGUACGCGUCUGUGACGGACCCUCACUCCCCCUUCCUUGUAAAGCAGGAGACCCCCGAGGCCUCCAGCCCGAGCGCCACCCCUUCCUCUUUAUCUAGUGCCGCCUUUUCGGACCUGCAGCCCAGGCCGCCCUUCAGAGCCUUCCCCCACUGCUCCGCCAUCUACGGCCAGUUCCCCGGCCAGGGCCUCGUCCCAGGGCGCGAGAUGGUCGGCUCCACCCUGCCCGGCUCCCCCCCGCACAUCCCCACCGGCGGGCAGGGCAGCUACGCCUCCUCCACCAUCGCUGGCAUGGUGUCAGCAGGCAGUGACUACUCUGCGAACGCCUACAGCCAUUCCCCCUACUCCACCUAUGGUGAGGCCUGGCGCUUCCCCAACUCCAGCCUGCUGAGUUCCCCAUAUUAUUACAGCUCUGCCUUGAGGGCCUCUGCGCCCCCUGCCGCUGCCUACGACCACCUGUAG